AUGAAUUCCUCUGUCACAUCGUAUGUUGCUGGCGAAGUCGUUUCAAAGUCUAUGGACGAUUUCAGCAGUGCUGUAGGAAAGCUUGAUUUCUCCGCAGAGUCCAUUCCGGGGCUAACACCGUCGAGAUGUAACGACGAAGAAUACAAACGACUUUUAAAACACAGAGAGAAGUUACGAGCACAGCAUUUAAAGAUGGAAGCGGACAGACAAGCAAUGAGACGAAAAAUUCUCAUGAAAUAUGGUAUUAAAGAAAGCGAUAGACACAAGAGUGUGCUGAGUUCGGAGUUUUCCAACGACGAGAAAGAAUUGCUAGUGGGCGAGGAAGAGAGCAGGGAAAAGGAAAGCGAGUCCUGUCUCUCCUGCAUAUCUUGUUGUUUCAAGACCAAGUGA